UGGGUUUGUAACUUUUCUUUCUGAUCCUUAUCAGAUGUAGAUGAAAAGAGGAAUGUGGAGCUGAAGAUGGAUCAGGCUUUGCUUCUCAUCCACAAUGAACUGUUGGGAACAAGCCUCACUGUAUACUGGAAAUCUGAAUACUGUUACCAAUGCGCCUUCCAGCCUCUGGCGAACGUCUCUCACGGUGGCAAGCCUGCAAAGCCGAGCGUGGCAGCCGUCUCCGUGAGCACCCAGCACGGGUCCAUCCUGCAAGUUAAUUAUACCAAGGGAGAGACGGCGGCUUGCAGGCUGGAAUACAAAUUUGGAGAAUUUGGAAACUAUUCCCUUUUGGUACAGCAUGCUUCCACUGGAGCCAAUGAAAUUGCCUGUGACCUGGUUGUUAAUGAGGAUCCGGUCGACAGUAACCUUCCUGUAAGUAUCGCAUUCCUUGUUGGUCUAGCACUCAUCAUCGCGGUAUCUUUCCUGAGGCUCCUGCUGAGUUUGGAUGACUUCAGUAAUUGGAUUUCUAAGGCAAUAACUUCUCGAGAAACUGACCGCCUCAUCAAUUCUGAGCUAGGAUCCCCCAGCAGAGCAGACCCUCUCAGUGGGGACUGCCAACCAGAGACGCGCCGCACAUCUGCCUUGCCACACCGUCUCCGAAGUGUGGACACCUUUAGGGGGAUAGCGCUCAUCGUCAUGGUCUUCGUGAAUUAUGGAGGAGGAAAAUAUUGGUACUUCAAACAUUCAAGUUGGAAUGGACUGACUGUGGCCGACCUCGUCUUCCCAUGGUUUGUAUUUAUUAUGGGAACUUCAACUUUCUUGUCAAUGACCUCUGUCCUACAACGAGGAUCUUCAAAAGUCAGACUGCUGGGGAAAAUUGCAUGGAGAAGUUUCCUGCUAAUCUGUAUAGGAAUUAUCGUUGUCAACCCCAAUUAUUGCCUUGGUCCAUUGUCUUGGGAUAAGGUGCGGAUCCCCGGUGUCCUGCAGCGCUUGGGAGUGACGUACUUUGUGGUUGCUGUGUUGGAGCUCACCUUCUCAAAGCCUGUCCCUGACACUUGUACCUUGGAGAGAAGCUGCCUUUCUCUUCGAGACAUCACUUCCAGCUGGCCCCAGUGGCUUGUCAUUCUGAUGCUGGAAAGCAUUUGGCUGGCUUUGACGUUCUUUUUACCUGUCCCUGGGUGCCCUACCGGCUACCUCGGCCCUGGCGGUAUUGGGGACUUGGGGAAGUACCCUCAUUGUACUGGAGGAGCAGCUGGCUACAUCGACCGCGUGCUUCUGGGAGACAGUCAUCUGUACCAGCACCCAUCCUCUGCUGUCCUCUAUCGCACCGAGGUGGCCUACGACCCAGAAGGGAUCCUAGGGACUAUCAACUCCAUUGUGAUGGCAUUUUUAGGAGUUCAGGCAGGAAAAAUACUGCUAUAUUACAAGGACCGGACGAAAGCCAUCCUGCUGAGAUUCGCCGCCUGGUGCUUCACCCUUGGGCUUAUUUCUGUUGCCUUGACAAAAGUGUCUGCAAAUGAAGGCUUUAUUCCAAUAAACAAAAAUCUCUGGUCCAUUUCCUAUGUCACCGCGCUGAGCUGCUUUGCCUUCUUCAUCCUGCUCGUCCUCUACCCAGCUGUGGAUGUGAAGGGGCUGUGGACGGGAACCCCCUUCUUCUAUCCCGGGAUGAAUUCUAUUCUGGUGUAUGUUGGUCACGAGGUGUUUGAGAACUACUUCCCUUUCCGGUGGAAGCUGCAGGAUGACCAGUCACACAAAGAACAUCUCAUUCAGAACAUAGUGGCCACUGCUCUCUGGGUGCUCAUUGCCUACGUUCUCUAUAAGAAGAAGAUAUUUUGGAAAAUCUGACGGCAUUCACUCACUGGAACAUGUUGCUGGAGGAGCCAGCGGCCCUGAGAGGAAGAUGGAAACAUCCUUUAUUAAAGGGAUCCUCCCUCUUUAUUAAAGGGAUGGACUUCCGGAUGCUGUGCCCAAGCUGAUUUGCUUAGACAUCAGAAAGCUGCCUAUAUAUUUUUACUUACAUAUUUGAAAUGUUAUGCCCUCCAUUUUCUAUGAAAUUGAUACAUUUGGAACAUGUGUAGAAAUCUCCUUGGACUUCCCAGAGGGGACUUUCUAUGGACAUUUUGUCUCUAAUGGAGGCCAAGGUUGGUGGGCUGGUUUGACUCAGAGGUAGAAUGUCUUUCUAGCUUGGGCAGUUUGGGGUUCUUGCUACCACUAAUAAGCAAAUAACAAGAACACAAGAAAACUCCCAAAUAAUUGAGGGACCGAUUCUCAUUUCCUGAAACCUGCCUCCCAUGUGUCUAUGCGUGCCGACAACAAAGGCGCUUCCUGUUGUGAGACUUCUAUAAAGCUUUUUAGUGGACUGUGUCA